GCAAAACUCUUCUACAUAACGCGCGUUCCAAGUGGCUGCAGUUCAGUCGUAGCUCGGAGCCUAGGUGUCGAGUACAUACAUAUUGAUAUGUUCGUAAAUUUCUGUUUGAACCCAUUAUAAUGAAGUUUGCAGUGACCUUUGCUAUUGCGCUGGUAGGGUUCUCCAGUAUCUUUUCAGAUGUAGCAGAGGGUAGAGGCCAUGGGGGAAGGGGAGGCCAUGGUAGAGGGGGUGGCCAUGGACAUGGUGGAGGUCACGGCGGGAGAGGUGGAGGAAGUCAUAGUGUAAGUUCUGGUGGAAGCCAUAGUGGUAGUGGAGGCAGUAAUAGUGGAAGUUCUGGAGGAGUUCAUAGUAGCAGCGAUGGCGGUGGGGGCUAUGGUGGAAGUCAUAGUAGUGGGAGCUACGGUGGAAGUCAUAGUAGUGGGAGCUACGGUGGAAGCCAUAGUAGUGGGAGCUACGGUGGAAGCCAUAGUGAUAGCUACGGUGGAAGCCAUAGUGAUGGCUACGGUGGAAGCCACAGCGACGAUCAUUAUAGUGACACCUUCAGUAGUGGAACUCACUCUGGAACCCAUGGUGGAAGACACAGUGACAAUUGGGACGAUUACAAGUAUGGGGGAUACGAUUAUUCAAAUUCGAAAACAAGCUAUGAUCCAUACCGAGAUUCUCUACCAUCGUUCGACAUGUCGAUGACAGGAUUCGGAACUCGCAAGCGACCAGAACCGCGAAACGAGUUUGACGAAUUGAAAGAGAUGUUUCCGGGAAUAAAGCUCCCUGACUUUGAUAAUCUUGGAUAUAAACCAGGAGUAGGCUUCCAGCUUCCUGGAAUAGAUGAUUCCGGAUAUCAUUCACAUCGAAGUUCGAUGUUUGGAUUCGAAUCUAAACCAAGCCAUUCAGAAAAACCGACUAAUCAGAAGACAAAUACAGACCCCAAACCUUCAGCACCCGCGAGUAGUUCAACCGGAAAUGGUGAUGCGUCACAUACUAAUCAAGACUCCCAAUCAUCUGUCGCCAUGUCCAACGGCCAUCGUCACCAUCAUAGGCAUGGGCACAGACACGGUCAUGGAAGUAACUCGACGACUCCAAGACCCGAUAAUACAACAACGCCCUCAUCAGCAUCCCCACUGCCCAUUGGAUUUCAAACUACGAUGACACCAGAAGCAGGGCAAGCACCAAUGCAACCUCAUCCAACAGUUCAUUUGGAAACUCCGCCUACGACUCCACCACAUCACUCGUUACCUUCGGGAGUACCUCAAGUAUAUCAUUCUCUGGGACAGCCCCCAGGGAUGAUUCACAAUCCUUAUCAUAUACCUUCUCAACCAGGAAUGCCGAUCUACGGACAACCCCCCUUCUACGGAAGGGCAACCAUGGCGCAACCGAUUGUACCAGGUCAAGUGAUCGUUCUUCCAAGUCAAAGCAACCCUUCACCAGGUCUUGGACAAAUCGCUGCAGAAGCAUUUGUGCAUUCUGCUAUCAAUGCAGGCGUCAAUCGCGCAAUCAACGGACCAUCGCAUCAGCACACCGUCAGUCGAGACAGAAAGCAACAGCCUGAAGGGAGUUCAACGAUUACCAAUAGCACGACAAUCAUUUAUAAUAAUUAUGGACAACCACAAGGAACGACCACAAGUGAAGACAGAACGCAUUCUAGUGGAAUUAAUGUUGGAAGUCGUAGUUCAGUGAGCAAUGCCAGUCAGAAUACUGGUAGUAAUUCUCAAUUGCCUGCAGUUCAGUACUACAUUCCUGAUGAUGAAUUGAUGAAAAUUAGUGAGGCUCUUUUCGCCAAAGAAGAAACAGACUUGAACAAACACGUCAUCCUGAAUUUGCAGAGUAAAGUGAAGGCGGAGAAAAUCGGCGAUGAGGCCCCACGAGUACUGCUCUAUAGUAAUCCAGAUCUAUAUGACAUGCCAACGAUCCGAGUCCUACAAAACUUGUUCGACAAUUAUCAGCUAAACGCAACAACAAAAGAGAAUAUCACCGAUGAGAUGAGAAAGGAGCAACAUUUGCUCUUGGACACUUUCUUCAAUACCGACAUCAUGACCACCGCGAUGGACUGGCUGGCAAGGAAAAAUUACGUUGAACCAGAUGACUUCGAAAUGAAGGACACUCUUCGCCGCACUUGGUUCAAUAAAAUCGAGGGCUCCACUUCGGGUUUUGAACGUGUAUUCCUUGCGGAAAUUUAUCCUGGCUCAACUGUACUUGGAGCCCAAAAUUGGAUAUACUUCAUGUCGAAAGAGGCAUCGCGGGAUAUUGAUUACAUGGGAUACAGCGAAGAACAUCCUAUAACAGAUAAAGCGAGGCUUUUGAAAUUAAAUCUUAAAAUCGGAGAUGCUGUGAAGCAGAAUUCUACAAUGCUGGUAGGGACAUCCCCCGAACUGGAAAUGGCAUUGUACACCAUCUGCUUCUAUGCCAGACCAAAUGACAUCUGCCCAGUGUCACUGGGAGGACACAAGUUCUAUCUUUAUACUCAUACUUUUCGAUACUUUGGAAAAGACCUAAUUGAUAUCGGUAUCAUCGCAUUCUAGGUCAUGAUUUCGAGUUAUGAUGAUUGAUCAUCCAAAAAAUUUUUAUAUUAUUCUUAUAAGUGUACCAUAAUAAAGUCUGGGCUUUGCUGACCUUGUGUAA